AUGUCUACUUUUGGGGACGAGUUCCAGCCCAUUAUUGAAGAGUUGAUUGAAUUGGGAAACAGUAAUCAUCAAAUAAUUAACCAUUUGAAAGAAUCUUACUCCAUCUUCAUAUCUGAACGAACCUUGAGUCGACGAAAGGCAGAAUGGGGUCUAAGCCACCAUGCGAUACAACAGACAUCCCAGCUUGAAGAAGACAUUCGACGAUACUUCCAUCAAGGGCUUACAAAUGCUCAAAUACAUCAUACGCUCUCCUCAAAGCAUGGAUAUGUCCAUUCCCAACGAACACUAGAGAGAAAGAUUCAACACAUGGAGCUCCAACGUCGAAAGGAGGAUCUAGAGAUUGACGAUGAUGAAGGAAUGGACGUUGUAAUAGAAUGUGUCAAGAAAAUUCACGAAACACCUGAAGGCCAUAACGUUGGUUAUCGUAGGCUGAAGCAAUUGCUUCAGACUAGGUAUGGAAUCAAUAUCCAUCUAUCAACGGCUGCUGCAAUCAACCGUGCCUUGGACCCAGAGGGUGUCGACAGAAGGUCAAAGAGGGUUCUCAAGCGUCGUGUUUUCAAUGUUGCCGGCCCAAAUUUUAUCUGGUCAGCCGAUGGCCAUGAUAAAUUGAAGAAGUUUGGAAUCACUUUGUACGGAUUCAUUGAUGCUUGGAGUCGUAAGGUCUUGGCAAUCUUUGUUCACACUACCAACAACAAUCCUCGACAUAUUGGAUAUUACUAUCUUCAAUUAGUCAAACGGGAGGGUGGCAUCCCACGUCUAACAACCACCGAUCGAGGCACUGAGACAAUCGAGAUGGCCGGACACCAAAUAAAUCUUAUGCGUCAAUUUGGAAUCGAUUACGACUUAGACCCAGAUCAAUCUCAUCGAUUCACCAAAAGCACACAUAAUCAAAAAAUAGAAUGCCUCUGGUCUCAGUUGAUGAAACAAUACAACGGCGAACUUAUAAGUCAAUUAUAUGAAGCUGAUGAAAAAGGUUACUAUGAUCCUGAAGACCCUGUAGAUCAUCUCCUUUUUAUAUAUCUAUGGGUACCUCUUUUGCAGGAUAGUCUGAACGAAUGGAUCAAUAACUACAACUCAUACAAGAGGCGUCGUGACAGGAAGAGCAUGCUUCCUAGUGGAUGCAGUGCAAACAUGUGUUACGAAAACCCCGAAGACCACGAUUCUGAACAAGGACUGAUACCCAUCGACAUAUCUGUGGCUCUGGAGCUAGAGAACGAGCAUUACCCUGAUGCCAAAGAUCUAACUUCUACUUGCCCUGAAUGGUUCAGCGAAAUAGUCGACCUUCUAAAACUGGAAAUGGAGCUCAACUGUCCUGAAACUGACACUCAGAAUGUUUGGAGUGUACUUUCUUUGUUAAGAUCUGCCAUCCAACUUUACGACUCUGCCUGGUUGGAUGAUAUCACAAAUGAUCCUGAAGAAACAAUUGCUGCCCGUGCAUACUUGUUAUAUGAUAUAGAUUCUACUACUUAA